AUGGGUUUCUCCGACAUCCUCCAAGACGCCGUCUCCCAGGCCGUCAGCCACGCCACUAACAACUCUGGCGGCGGCGGCGGCAACAACAACAACCAAGGCGGUUCCAACCAGAGCUACGGAGGAGACUCUUACGGCGACCGUCCCUCCCACGGCGGCAACCAAGGAGGGUACAAUGACCGUCCCUCUCAAGGCUACGGAGGAGACUCCUACGGCGACCGUCCCUCCCACGGCGGCAACCAAGGAGGGUACAAUGACCGUCCCUCUCAAGGCUAUGGAGGUGACUCUUACGGUGACCGCCCCUCCCAUGGCGGCAACCAAGGUGGCUACGGAGGAGGCUACAAUGACCGCCCCUCUCAAGGUUACGGAGGUGACUCCUACAACGACCGCCCUUCCCACGGUAACCAAGGCGGCUACGGAGGAGGCCCCUCCUACAACGACACUUCCUACAACGCCCCACCCCCCUCCCACGGCGGCUACCACAACUCCAACCCCUCCUCCCAUGGCUUCUCCGACAGCGACGUGAACCCAGCCCUCGCCCACGCCCAACAGCACUCCGACUCCAACUCCAAUGACUCCUCCCUCUUCAGCACCGCCCUGAACUUCAUCAAGGACAAGCAAGGCCGCUCUUCCUCCCCCGACAUCGAUGAGUCCGAGAUGGUCCAGUCCCACCAACAGCUCUACGAUGACGAUGAUGGCAGCAAAACCCAUGAUUCGAGGUCUCUGGGUGCUGGCGCUGCCAUGCAGGCGCUUAAGAUGUUCAGCUCCGGCCAGAGCGGUGGGUCUUCCGGCGGUGAUCAGAAUGCCUUCAUUGGUAUGGCGAUGAGCCAGGCUGCCAAGCUUUGGGAGCAGAAGAAUUCGAGUGGCAAUGUGACCGAUGACAAACAGUCGGCUGUUAACAAGGCCGCUGAGAUGGCAUUGAAGAUGUACAUGAAGAACCAGGGUAGUGGAUCGUCCGGUAGUGGUGGGCCGGCGUUGAUGAGCUUAGCCAGCAAGUUCCUGGGCAAAUAG